CUAUAAACAGGUCCCCAUCCUUUACCCCAGCUCAGGCCUCAGCUAGCUCAGGCCACAUCAGCCCAGGAUCAGCAUGGCCAUCCGCCUGUGGGUGGUCACUCUGGCCUUGGCAGCCCUCCUCAUUGUGGACAGGGAAGUGCCAGUGUCGGCAGCAAAGCCUGUUUUCUCAAGAAUGCCUAUCUGUGAGCACAUGGCGGAGUCUCCAGAGUGCUCCCAGUCAUUCAACUGGGUUUGUGGUACUGAUGGAGUCACAUAUAUGAAUGAAUGCCAGCUCUGCUGGACCCGGAUGAAAACCAAACAGGAUAUACAGAUCAUCAAGGAUGGCAAAUGCUGACCCCAUAAGCUAUGGAGCUUCAGGCUGGAAAGCAGUGGUGGGAGUGGAAAAGAUGUGACAUGAAAUAAAAGAUCCAGCCCAACCCAG